AUGUUGUUGAAGGGUGUUACCAAGUUCAACCCUUUAAAGCAUCUUAGGCGAAGUGACAUUGUGUUCUACCCAGGCUGGGCCAUUGUCAUCAACCGGUGGUCUAAAACCAUCCAGUUUAGUCAACGUCUCCUUACUGUACCACUACCUCUCAUCCCAGGUCACCCACUGUGUCCCUAUUCUGCACUACAGCAUGCCUUCAAGCUUGUGCCAGCCACCCUGUCUGGUCCAGCCUUCGUCUUGUCAGCACCCUCAAGGAGGGGCCUAAUACCAUUCACAUAUGCCAAGUUCGACAGCCUUCUUAAAUCAGUGGCUUCCACAGCAGGUUUAGACCCAUCCCGCAUCAGUGGUCACAGCCUUCGUUCAGGGGGUGCCACCCUAGCCUUUCAAGCUAACAUUCCUGAGGAGUUUAUU